AUGUCGGAUCCGCAAAACUACACGAUCGGAUGGGUUUGCGCCAUCAGUACAGAGUCCGUUGCUGCCCAGGCCUUUUUCGAUGAAAAACAUGACCCUCCCGCAGAAGUCGCUCAAAAUGACAAUAACUCGUAUGCCUUGGGCAGGAUGGGUAAUUAUAAUGUUGUCAUCGCCGUUCUGCCGGAUGGCGAAUAUGGCUUAGUCUCUGCUGCCUCUGUUGCAAAAGACAUGCUACACACCUUUUCUAAUAUCCGAAUCGGGUUAAUGGUCGGCAUCGGGGGCGGUGCGCCAAGUCAGCAGCACGACGUCCGCCUCGGCGACAUUGUGGUCAGUAGCCCGCGCGAUGGGAAGGGCGGCGUGGUCCAGUACGACUUCGGCAAGGCGAUACAGGAUCGCGCUUUUCUGGAGACGGGAUUUUUAAAUCAACCACCUACUGUGCUGCGGUCUGCAGUGUCUGGGCUUAGAUCUGGAUAUGAGGCCGAUGGUCAUCGGCUUGAGAACGAUAUCAGAGAAGUUCUUCAAAAAAAGCCUCGGCUGCGGAAAAAGUACUCUCGCCCGCCUGCCGAUAGCGAUAGGCUAUAUAUACCGGAUCACUUGCAUCAGGGCUCAAACGGAUCCUGCCACCAAGUCUGCGGCGAUGAUCCAUCAACACUGGUGUGGCGAAGCCCACGAGAUGAGGAAGAGGAUGACCCGGUGAUCCACUACGGGUUAAUCGCAUCGGCAAACCAGCUGAUGAAGGACGCGCAGGCUCGAGACAAAGUAGCAGCAGAGAAGGGCGUCUUAUGUUUCGAGAUGGAGGCAGCCGGGCUGAUGAACCAUUUUCCUUGCCUAGUUAUACGUGGAAUUUGCGAUUAUGCUGACACGCACAAGAACAAGCAAUGGCAGGGGUUUGCGGCUAUGGCGGCCGCAGCGUAUGCAAAGGAUCUAUUACGCCAUAUCCCACCAAACAAGAUCGAAUCAGAGAGGAGAGUGAGCGAAGUCCUAGGCAAUAGUCAGUGA